GGAUUUUAUUAAAAAAAUGAUUAAUAACGAAAACUUAAAAAGCUGAUAUUAAGAACAACGGAAAUCAGAAGCUGAAGCAAGUGAGCAAUCUACGAAGCUUGGUGUCAUGGGACAAAUCCUCGACAAGCUUCAGGGUAAGGAGUGGAGGCGAAAGCAAAUAAGGAAGAUUACAGAUCGAGUUUUUGAUGGCGUGAAGAAUGAGACGGGAAGGGCUAAUUUGAAAUUUGAAGAUCUGUAUAUUGCUGUUUUGAUUGUGUACAAUGAUAUCAACAAGCAUUUACCUGGUCCGCAUUUUGAUCCUCCACCAAAAGACAAAGUCAGAGAGAUGAUGAAGAAUUGUGAUAUCAACCUUGAUGGGGAAAUCGACCGGGAAGAGUUUUACAAUUUCAUCAAGCAGUUGACUGCUGAUACUUUCAUCAUUGUUAGUCAAAAGCUUAUUAUCACUUUGGCUGUAGCACCAGCUGUUGCAUUGGCAACAAAGAGAAGCACUGAAAAGGUCCCUGGUGUUGGGAAUGUGGUGCAGAAGAUACCAAAUUCGGUUUAUGCUUCACUUGUGACCCUUGCAGUUGUGUGGUUCCAAAAACAGACCUUUGGAGAUGAUCCAAAGUACUAGUCAUUGUUCAUUGUUAAUCACUGUGUUUUAAUUAGCACUUUAGCAGAAUGGUACAAUUUUCAUUAUUUGUUUACGUAGGAUUGCUUACUGUUUGCAUGUUAAUUACAAAAUAGUUACACUCUUGAUUUUACUGUCAAAGGUUAUGCUUGUAAAUAAUAACCUGUCUUCAAUAAAAUUAUGUACAAUAAUUAUGAUGGAUAAUGAUUGUUCUGAAUUGAUUCUAUCA